AUGGAAAAUUUAAAAUGUUUCUUGGUGUGUUUCUUGAUCUUGACAUGCUCAAGCUUCACUUUCGCUCAUAGGGUCCUUACGGGUACUACAACUGAUGAUCAUCCUGAGAAUCAAGUUAGCACAGAGUGGAACAGAGAUACUGAACAAGGUGCAGGUGGGGGCGGUGGAGGACGUGGUAUUGGUAUUGGAAUAGGAACUGGUAGUGGAUCUGGAGGAGGAAAAGGCUUUGGGUAUGGAAGUGGUUCAGGAGGAGGGAAAGGUGUUGGCAUUGGCAUUGGCACUGGAGGAGGUUCAGGUGGAGGUGCAGGAAAAGGUGUUGGUAUUGGCAUUGGCACUGGAGGAGGUUCAGGAGGAGGUUCAGGUGGAGGUGCAGGUGGAGGUCAAUAUGGUGUGAUCCCAGGCUUUGGAUUUAUGCCAGUGCCAAUGCCUAUUGGCAGUGGUAAUUUUGGUGGUGGAGGGGGUGGCUUUGGUGGAGGCGGUGGUGGUGGUGGUGGUGGUCAAAUUGGUUAUAUCCCAAUUAUACCUCCAUCUAAUAUCGGCGGCGGCGGCGGAGGCGGAGGCGGUGGUGGCGGUGGAUCUGUUGGAUACACAGGCUAUUUUUGUCCUCCUCCGUGUCUCACUUAUGCAGCAGCUGCUGCUAAGAACACAAAUGGUCAUGAAAACAAUCACUAG